UGUUGGAACGCCGGUUUCACGAAGAAAAUGCGCGGGAACAAGACACGUUUUGUUCAACAGUCUUCGAAAGUUCGUUACGAGAAGUUGGACAUUCGAGGAGCAUGCAGGCCUUUUUGAAAACCGGAAAAUUAGGGCCCUCGGAACCAAAGAAACCUUCCACUUCGCGUGCAAAGGACGAGCGCAGCGGUCCUCUACCAGUAUGGGUUGAGAAAUACCGUCCAAGGACUGUGGAAGAUGUCGUCGAGCAAGGAGAAGUCGUCGAAGUAUUACGACAGUGUUUAAAGGGUGGCGAUUUUCCAAAUUUAUUAUUCUACGGUCCACCUGGAACUGGUAAAACGAGUACCAUCCUAGCUGCUGCUAGACAAUUAUUUGGCAGCCUUUACAAGCAAAGAAUAUUGGAAUUGAAUGCUUCAGACGAAAGAGGAAUUCAAGUUGUGAGGGAGAAAAUUAAAUCUUUCGCACAACUCACAGCAGGUGGAAUGAGAAAUGAUGGAAAAAGUUGUCCACCUUUCAAGAUUAUUAUCUUGGAUGAAGCAGACAGUAUGACCAGUGCAGCACAGGCUGCGCUUCGUCGUACGAUGGAAAAAGAAUCUCACAGUACUAGAUUUUGCUUAAUUUGUAAUUACGUAUCAAGGAUCAUUGAACCCUUAACGUCUCGUUGUACAAAAUUCAGAUUCAAGCCAUUAGGAGAGGAAAAAAUUAUUGAGAGAUUAGAAUAUAUAUGUAAGGAGGAAAGUUUGAAGGCGGAGAAGCCAGUCUUACUAAAAAUCGUAGAAGCUUCGGGCGGAGAUUUGAGACGCGCUAUAACGUGUUUGCAGUCUAUCACUAGGUUGAAAGGCAAAGGAAUCGAGAUUACUGUCGACGAUGUGGUUGAGAUCAUUGGGAUUGUCCCUGAAAAUUGGUUGGAUAAAUUGAUAGAAGUAUGCCAGUCAAAAGAUUAUAGUAAAGCAGAGGCGUUUGUUGACGAGUUUAUGUUAGAAGCAUAUGCGACAUCCCAAGUCAUUGAGCAACUAAGUGAAAAAAUUAUAAAUACGACAGAGUUCACAGAUAAGCAGAAAGCAUUGAUUGGUGAAAAACUUGGGGAGUGUAACUACAGAUUGCUAGAUGGUGGAAGCGAGUAUAUACAACUUAUAAAUAUCUGUUGCGGUAUUAUAAAAGCUUACGAAUUAGCAUAGGUGUUAAGUGUUUUUUAUAUCAAAUAAAUAUUUAUUAUUUUUUAAUUGCUA